AUGAUCCAUCAACAAAAGUAUGUCAAGGAAUUGCUCAAGAAAUAUGGACUGGAACAUCAAAAAACCAACCACACUCUCAUAGGACCAGGAACAAGGCUAGAUGAAGACUCAAAUGGUAAGUGUGUAAACGAGAAGCAAUAUCGAGGUAUGAUUGGUUCAUUACUCUGCUUAACUGCAAGUAGACCUGAUAUUUCCUUCAGCGUUGGCUUAUGUGCUCAAUUCCAAUCAAAUCCCAAAGAAUCUGACUUAACAACAGUUAAAAGAAUUCUAAGGUAUUUGAAAGGAAGUGAUGACUUAUGUUUGUUAUAUGCUCGUAGCGAUGUGUUUGACCUAAUAAGCUAUUCGGAUGCGGAUUAUGCAUGUGACUUGGUUAACCGCAAGAGCACAUCCGGCAUUAUCCAGUACUUAGGAUCACGCUUGGUGUCAUGGAGCUCAAAGAAGCAAAAUAUUGUUGCCUUAUCCACAGCAGAGGCAGAAUAUGUAGCUGCUGCUGCAUGCUAUUCCCAGGUCCUUUGGAUCAAGCAACAAGUAAGAGAUUUUGGCAUUAAGUUUAAGUGUGUUCCUAUCUAUUGUGAUAAUACUAGUGUUAUUUGUAUCUCUAAGAUCCAGUUCAUCAUUCAAGGGUCAAGCAUAUACACAUUAGACAUCACUUUUUUAAAGACAAUGUAUAAAAAGGUCUAG